UCCACUGUGGAUCUCUUAUCCUAUAGGAAAAGCCUAUCCUGUGUUGGGCUUUUCCUUGGCUAUGUGAGUGAAAAAAGACCGCAAAAAAUGUCAGCUGUUGCAGGGGCCUCUGCAACUUCAACCUACCCAAUCUCAAGGCAGCCACUCAAAACCACCCAACAUUCUUCAAAACCACUCUCAAUACUUCCUAUCAGUUCAGCACAAAACCAGAAAACCACCUUCUAUGGAUUGCCAUUGUUAGAAGCCAAAAGUGGUUUUCCCAACAAUCAGUUAAAGAGGCUUUCAAAGGGGAGGGUGUAUAAAAGCCUUGAAAUCAGUGCAAAAACAGCUGGUGCUUCAAAGAGCAUAGAAGUAGAGGUGGACAAGCCUUUGGGCCUCACAUUAGGCCAGAAACCAGGUGGUGGAGUUGUCAUCGCAGGGAUUGAAAAAGGUGGGAAUGCAGCAAAAUCUGGUUUAAAAGUUGGUGACCAAGUACUGUACACAAGCAGCUUCUUCGGGGAUGAACUUUGGCCAGCUGAUAAGUUGGGUUUUACCAAAACUGCCAUUCAAGCCAAGACUGACUCGGUUUACUUCGUAGUGAGCAGAGGUGUUGAAGUAGAUGUGAAGAGAUUGCCAAAGCGCCCAGCUCCUCCUCAGUUUGGGCGGACCCUCACAGAGGCUCAAAAGGCACGGGCUACUCAUAUUUGCCUGGACUGCGGGUACAUUUACACUCUACAGAAACCUUUCGAGGAACAGCCGGAUACAUAUGCGUGCCCGCAAUGCCGAGCACCGAAGAAGCGGUUUGCUGGCUAUGAUGUGAACAGAGGAAAGCCAAUUGGAGGUGGGCUGCCUCCCAUUGGAGUUAUUGUGGGCCUCGUUGCGGGCAUUGCUGGGGUGGGUGCACUACUUGUCUAUGGCCUUCAGUAAUAGCAGGCCCUCUUAAUUUUGCUCUUUUUCUUAUUCUUGUCUAAAUCUGCAUUUGUGGAAGGAAGCCCAGCUUCCUUAUUCAAUUCAUGGACACUUAGAAUCAUACAAAUGAAUAAAAUUCUGCAUCUUAACCUUUCAA